AUGUUAUUUCUCUUCAAAUAUUCUGCAGUUCUGCAGAUCAUCAAGGCGCGUGAGCACUAUCAUAGAUUGAAGAGAGAGAAGAAGAAGAUGUUCAAGUCUCAAAUGUGCUUUAUAAUUCAGAAUAUUGAGAAGACAGCUCUGCUCUCUGAGCAUGUCAAUCUGCUUAUCACUGAGAUGAAACCUGAGACAGCAGAUCAGAAAAUGCGGGAUUUUGAGACACAGAUUGACCUGACUGAGAGAGAGCAGCAGGAACUCUUCUCUGAGAAGAUAGUGAAGAGAGAUUUUAAGAUGAUUAUCAUCUCAGAUGAGAAGAAGAAGAAGAAGAAGAAGAAUAAGAAGUGA